AGAUCCACUCCUCGUAGUCGCCACCUACCUCCUGCCCUCGAUUCAGCCAAUCCCGCCGCCCGCGCCCGCGCGCCACCACCCGCUCCUCCGCCCCUCUUCCUCCGUCCCUGAUGCCUCACUCGCCGCCUUCCGCCCCAGGGCCUCCGCGCUCGCGCCGCCCUCGGCGCCGCACCUCCACCGCCACCUCCGCUGGUUCCUCGCCUCCGCCUCGGGCGGAUGGCCGACAGCGACGCCGAGAGCCGCGGGCCGCCCGUGGCCGCCGUCGAUGUGAGGAGGGGGAUCUUCGACCGCCUGCGGGCCACCGGCAACCAGGAGGCACUCUCUGGCCCCUUCUUCGAUCGCGCGCUCGAGGACCACUACGAGCGCCUCCCAUCCAGCUACUACAUCGACCUCGAUGUGAACAAGGCCGACGAUGUGCUGCUGCACUGCCGACGAGAUCCAGCCGCCCUCUCCCUCUCCCCUCCGUCUGCCCCGUCGUCCGUCCCCGAGAGGGUGCUCAAGGAUGACGCCAUCCAGGAGAAGGGCGAGCGCGCCAGGAUGGCAUCUUUCGUAUGUUGAACAGCAGCAACGGCGAAUUCGAGCGGAUGAUGGAAGGCCUCAGUUUGGGGCCAAGAAAAGGCGUGGACGAGGCCAUUUCUGCAAGGUCGCGGUGGUUUUGCUGGAAACAAGUUCAAGAUGUCUCUGGGUCUGUCUGUGGCAGGCACUAUCAACUGCGCUGACAACACUGCUCCUGAAUCUGGCGGAGCUGCCGCUGCCGUCCCAAAGGGCAACCUUCAUCAUACAUAACCCCAUAACAGGCCUCAAGACAAAUGUAUGAAACCUCUUAACUGUGGACAACAACUACUUCCUUGAGAAGGGCCAUCAUUACCCAUCAAGUAUGCCAUUGAGGGCAUCCGUCGAAGGCCCAGUCCUGACUAUGGCCCUCCAGUGAGUCCGACAUUUGAUCUCUAUUGAAGGAGCUACAUGUAGAAGAAGAAAACACUUGUAGAGCUUGUAACUGUGAUUCCCAUACUUGUAGAGCUUGUAUCAACUAAGCUUGUAUUACGUAUAACUUGUAGAACUUGUAAAGUACUGUAUAUGUUAUAGCUUGUAGUAUGUGUCAUUUGUAGAGCUUGUACUGUAUCUGGCUAUUGUUAAUUGAAGUAUCAUGGGUGUUUUCUGCUUGCCAA